UUCCCACCUCAAGCGCCCCCCAUCAUCAACCUCGCCUCUUACAACGCUCUCUUCUUGCACCACUCUUAGGGCAAGAGAGGGAGAAGAAACGACAUGGGGUUCGAUGAUAAGACGUUUCCUCUUGUCUUUUUUAUCUCCUCCCUUCUUCUUGUUGUCCCACAUCUUGUGCUAUCGGCUCCGCUUCACGACCCGGAUGUUGUGGUAGAAGAAGUUCAUAGGAGCAUCAAUGCGUCGCGGAGGAACCUCGCCUACCUCUCAUGCGGCUCGGGCAACCCGAUCGACGACUGCUGGCGAUGCGACCCAAACUGGGAGAGCAACCGGCAGCGCCUGGCCGACUGCGCUAUCGGGUUCGGGAAGAACGCCCUCGGGGGGAAGAACGGCCGGAUCUACGUGGUCACGGACUCGGGGGACGACGACCCGGUGAGCCCCAGGCCGGGCACCCUGCGGCACGCGGUCAUCCAGGACGAGCCCCUCUGGAUCGUGUUCAAGAGGGACAUGGCCAUCCGGCUCAAGAACGAGCUCGUGGUGAACUCCUUCAAGACCAUCGACGGGCGGGGGGCGAGCGUCCACAUCGGCGACGGGCCGUGCAUCACCAUCCACUACGCCACGAACAUCAUCAUCCAUGGCAUCCACAUCCACGACUGCAAGCAGAGCGGCAACGCCAUGAUAAGGGACUCCCCGGAGCACUACGGGUGGUGGACUGUGUCGGACGGGGACGGCGUGUCGAUCUACGACAGCAAGCACAUAUGGGUCGACCACUGCUCGCUGUCGAACUGCCACGAUGGGCUCAUCGACGCCAACCACGGGUCGACCGCCAUCACGUUAUCGAACAACUACAUGACGCACCAUGACAAGGUGAUGCUCUUGGGGUCCAGCGACUCGUACACCCGGGACAAGGACAUGCAAGUCACCGUUGCUUUCAACCAUUUUGGAGAAGGUUUGGUCCAAAGAAUGCCCAGAUGUCGGCUUGGGUAUUUUCAUGUGGUGAACAAUGACUAUACUCAUUGGGAGAUGUAUGCCAUCGGAGGGAGUGCAUCUCCCACCAUCUACAGCCAAGGCAACAGAUUUCUCGCACCUGAUGACAGAUUCAAAAAGGAGGUGACGAAGCACGAGGAUGCAUCGGAGAGCGAGUGGAAGAAUUGGAACUGGAGGUCGGAGGGCGACAUGUUGCUGAACGGCGCCUUCUUCCGGCAGACGGGGGCAGGCGCGUCGUCGACGUACGCAAGGGCCUCCAGCCUCAGCGGGAGGCCGUCGUCGAUGGUGGCUUCCAUGACCUUCACUGCCGGCGUGCUCAAUUGCAGGAAGGGCUCUCGGUGUUGAUUCCCCACUGGCCGCCCUUAUUUAAUAGGGCACUAUCAACUAAUUAAUCACUAUCGAAAAUGAAGCGCUUUCCGCGCAUGGUUAUUUAUCAAAUUAAGCAGAAAAUGUUAGUUUUGUUUCUUUUUCUUUUUUUUUUUUGCCUUUUUUAGUUCGACUUGUUUUAACAACCUCUCUCUCUCUCUGUCUCUCGGAUCAAUGAUUAGCAAGGAUGUUUGUCUUGGCUGUAGUAUGAUGUUUUCUCAUUAAAGAGGAGAAGCGUUGAUUAAAAUUUCUCUGGUCCCUCUAAUUUUAUUUUCCG